AUGGCGGCGCGUGGGAGAUUUUCCAGAGGCUUCGGAGGCGCGUGGUGGCGCGUGGAGGCGCGUGGCAAGGCUUCGGGUGACCGGAUUUCUGGGUUUUGGUCGCGGGAGAUCUUGGAGCACGUCUGUGGUGUUGGUUUCAUCAGGCGAAGCUUGAAGUUGCAUAGAUCGGAGAUUGAUGUCACGGGUUUGCUUGAGUUUGUGGAUCUUGGACACAGCACUGCGCCACGGUGGCUGCGAGAUGCCGUGGAGUCUAGAUCCAGCAGAGAAGCAUAUGUGACUUCUGAUGGUGAUGUAAAUCCAACCUUGUACAACGAUACUCAUACUAGAUUAUACACAUUUACAAAAACAGCUAAAUCCUCAUGCUUCAAUACAUUAUGUAAUUCAAUAAUUCCUGUGAGGACGGAUAUUCCUCUAGCAAUUCCUUUAGAGUCAAUUUCAACGCCAGAACAGCAAUUUGACUUGCAAUUAAUGCUUUUUUGGGAUUCUAGCAAUGGAAACUGGUUUCUAAAAUUUGGUCAAGAUGAAACUGUAAUCGGAUUUUGGCCAAAAAAUGUAUUCACUGCUUUAGGAGACGGUGCUAAUUACGUUGAAUGGGGAGGAGAGGUUUUUAGUCCUCCUGGUGUGCCUAGCCCUCCCAUGGGCUCUGGGUAUAGUGAAAGGUUAAAAGAAAACACCAAAUAUGAUGCAUAUUGCAGGCAAAUUAAAACAAUUAAUGAGACUGAUUAUGUUUUGAAUGCUGUUGAUACCGAAAGUUUUUCAGAUAUCGUACAAUAUCAAGUUAUUGAUGAAGGAAGAGUAGGUGCAGAUCAGCACCUAGUACUGUUUGGGGGUGUGGGUGGUUAUAUUGGGGAAUAA